CGUGGUGACGUGACGGACACUCCGAGACGUGGCUGUCGUUUACGAUGUUUUGUCAUAAAUUUACGUUCCCUCGUAUUGCCUCGUAGUAUUGUGAAGUAACGAAAUUGUAGUUGAAAGCUAAAAUCAGGACGAAUUUCGUUUAAUUUCUGACAAGCAUUAUAGUAAUUUAAUCAGAAAAAUAAAAUGGAUCAAAUCGCGAAGUUCGUCGAGCCUGGCAAGCAGUUCGCCAAGGACUCCAUCAGAUUAGUGAGGAGAUGUACCAAACCAGACAGAAAAGAAUUCCAAAAGAUCGCCAUCGCCACAGCAAUCGGUUUCUGCAUCAUGGGCUUCAUCGGUUUCUUUGUGAAGCUGAUACACAUCCCCAUCAACAACAUUAUCGUCGGCUCGUAAUGCUCUAGGAUUAGUGUAGAUUAAUAUGUACCUGUAAGGCCCAGAUGUGUCUAAGUUAAUGUUCUCAUAUCUCCGUACAUACAUUUAUUAUAAAUCCAUUAAAUAAUAAAUUAUUCAGUUCUUUUAUA